AUGGAGAGUUCCAUGAGAGCCUCUCGGAAGUAUGAAUUGGACUGCCAAUACCUCAACUCUUGCUUCUCUGGCAAUAACGGUGCAGCAGCCAACAGACAAAAGCUUGUAGAGCUUGUCACAUGUCGCGACUCGCAAGAACUUAAGCUCGUUCGCCAAGCAUUCACUGCUCUCUACAACCAAGAUCUUCUCCAUCUUCUAUCUAACGCUCGAAAUAAUGAUGCCUUUGCUGUAAGCAAAUGUGCUACAACUUUCACAAGAGAGAGAGAUGCAGAGAUAGUGAGAGAGGCACUGUGGGGAUGGAGAGUAAAUCUCAGCACCGUAAUAGAGGUGGUGAGUACUCGGUCUUCUUCGGAGCUCCAUUCAAUCAAGAAGGCCUACAGCUUUCGCUAUAAUUCUGAGAUUGAGGAAGACAUUGCCCACAAGACCAAUGGCAAUUUUAAAGAGAUUCUUCUCACAGUUGUGAAAUCAAGUGGCAAGUAUGGAGGCAGAGUUGACAUGAGCAUGGCCAUGUGUGAUGCCAAAACACUCUAUGAAGCCAUGGAGAGUGGAAACUCUGUUGAUUGGAAGACCAUCAUGUCCCUUUUGAAGGAAAGAGACACUUCACAAAUCAAAGCCAUACUUGUUGCCUACAAACAGCUCUAUGGCCAUGACUUCUCCAAGUUCCUAAAAUCCAACAAAUGUGGGAAAUUCGGAAAUGACCUCCGAAUUGUGAUCCGGGGAUUGCAAAAUCCUCAGAAAUUCUUUGCCAAAAAACUGCGAGGAGCAUUGCAGAGCAGUGGCGAAGCGCGGGAUGUUCUGAGCAGAAUAAUAAUCAGUAGAUUGGAAAUUGAUAUUAAAGAUAUAAGCAAUGCUUUUGCUGCUAAAACAGGUUGGUCUCUUGGAAAUUUUGUGAGGAGGGAAUUCAAUAACAGUAGUGCUGGUCAAACAUAUGGUUUGGCAGGAGAACUUUUAUUGGGAUUUCUUAAACGUUGUUGAACAAAAUUUGUGUUAUGAGAAGGUAUCAUUGCAUUGUAGCGGUUGUUUUGUAAACUAUGAAGCUAGUACUAGAUGUGAAAUAAAAGGGGUUGAUUAUGACUUGCAUUUGCUCAUUGAGAUAAGACGGGUAUGGUUUUCUUGAAUGGUUACAUGUAAAAUAAAAGAAAAACAAUAUUAAAUCUAGAAAGAAAAUAUAUUUCUACAGAGAAUAUGUACAAAAUCUAUUAUUAGAAUGAUGUAACAGUGACAUUUAU